AAGAAAGAAAGAAAGUCAAACAUCAAGCGCUGCGUGUUCACAUCACUCUGAUUUUCUCUCUUGAGUGUUUUAAACAGAGUGUUGUGUGUGUGUGUUUGUGUUGAGAUGUUGAGGAUGACGUCACAGAUGUGCUGUAAAUCAGUGGGAACUGAUCUGUCCAUGCUGGAUAUUGAUGAUUUCAUCACAGAAAUCUGUCAGCUGAAGAAAGAGGUGGCGUUACUGGAGGAAAAGCUGAGGACAAGAGGAGAUGAACUCAACACUGAGGUUUUGUCGGCUCAAUCUUCAGUGUGUGUGAGUGACGGGAGCUCCACAGAACGUCUGGAUUCAGUGUGGAGCAGCAGAGAUCAGAGCACACCACAGCCACUGCUGGACAAACUCUCUGAACAGAAGUCCAGACACACACAGGACUCGGAGCUCAGCCUCACUUUACUCUGUUAUACUGACACAAACCCCACAGACGCUCAGGACACUGUGUGUGACAGUAAUCACACCUUGAAUCAGGAUGAAUCUACUGAUCAAACCUCCACAGAGUCUCUGGAUUCUGUCUGUAACGCUGGAGAACAGCAGAUCCUGAACACCAGACCACUCAACAUGUGUUCUGUCACACUGAUGGACUGCAGGAAACUGAUGGAGAUGGAAACACAAACCACAGUGAAGGAAGAACAGACUGAUGAAGAUGAGAAUCAUGAUGAUUUUGUUCCUUCAGGUAAACUGUUGAACAGCAAUAACAUGGAGAUAAAAACAGAACCCAAAUCAGAGGAAGAUCAAACUGAUGAAGAUGAUGACUUUAUACCCUCAGAUGAGAGCGGUGAUUCAUGUUGUGAUGGAGAAACGGCCUCUACAUCAAAACAGCGACUGACAGCACAAACUCUUUCCUGCAUCACCUGUGGAAAGACAUUCAGUUCACAGAGACGUUUAGAGACACAUGAGAGAAAACACACAGAACAGAAACUCUUCACCUGCACCAGAUGUGACAUCAGCUUUCCUACCUUACAAGAGAAGAAACUUCACUCACAAGAGCACAGAAAGAAGCAUCAGUGUGAGGUGUGUGGAAAGAAUUUAGUCUCCUUCUCCAAGCUGAAGAUUCACAUGAGGACACACACUGGAGAAAAGUCUUUCCACUGCAGUCAAUGUGACAAAUAUUUCAGCAGCAAAGGAAGUCUUGUUACUCAUCAGAGAAUUCACACGGGAGAAAAACCCCAUAAGUGUCCUCACUGUGAUUGGAGAUUCCACCAGAAACCUCAUCUGACAAAACACAUGCGUUCACACACCAAUGAGAGACCGUAUCAGUGCAGUGAAUGUGGAAAAACCUUUAAGAGGUCAGAUGUUUUAAAGUCACACCAAAGAACACACACUGGGGAGAAACUCUAUCAGUGUUCACACUGUGAUAAACGUUUUCAUCAGAAAUCUAAUCUGAUAACUCAUGAGAGAACUCACACUGGAGAGAAACCUUACCUCUGCUCUCACUGUGGAAAGAGAUUUUCUGUGUUAGGUUCUUUAAAUGAUCAUCUGAGAGUUCACACUGGAGAGAAACCUCAUCACUGCAGUGUUUGUGGGAAGAGAUUCAGUCGGCUUAACAAUUUUAAGAAACACAAGAGAACUCACACAGGAGAAAGACCUUACAAAUGUUCUCAGUGUGACAAGACGUUUACUCAAAGAUUUCUCAUGAUAAUCCAUCAGAGAGUUCACACUGGAGAGAAAACUCUGCUCCAUCUUGUGCGUUUCCUGGAUGCCCGAACCGUGAAAAACCAGCGGAAAUUCGUCAAAGUUUAUUACCAAGGUCGUCAGUCUGGUUUCUUUAAAUCAUUCACAAUUUCAGCAGAAACCAGCAGAAAUAGAGAUAAAGCUGGAGGAGUUGAACUGAAGCAAGAGGAGGAAUCUACUGAUCCAACCUCUACGGAGUCUCUGGAUUCUGUGAGUAACGCAGGAGGACGGCGGCGGAUCCUGCAGAGGAUGAUUGUGAAGAUAUGUUCAGUCGAUCUGAUUGAGAUAAGAAAACCAACAGCAGAAGAACAGUUUGAGGAAGAAGACGAUUGUGAAGAUGAUGAUGCUGACAGUGUUGAUUUUUGUUUUGUUAAAGAUACGGAUGAUGAGGAUUUUCUUCCUUCAGAUGCCAGCAGCGAUUCCCUUUCUGAUGGAGAAGUGGCCUCUACAUCAGAAGAGCACAAAUGGGAGUUUCACUGUGAGCAGUGUGGGAAGGAUUUCUUCUCCGCUAAUAAGCUGAAAAUUCACUUGAGAGGACACAAUGCUGACAAGCCUUUCCACUGCAAAGUAUGCGAGAAGUUUUUCAACACCAAAGAAUCUCUUGAUGUUCAUAAGGGAUCACACAAGAACGAAAAGUUUUUGUCUAAGACUCUUGUGUUUGUUUCAGAUGAGAGCGGUGAUUCAUGUUGUGAUGGAGAAACGGCCUCUACAUCAAAACAGCGACUGACAGCACAAACUCUUUCCUGCAUCACCUGUGGAAAGACAUUCAGUUCACAGAGACGUUUAGAGACACAUGAGAGAAAACACACAGAACAGAAACUCUUCACCUGCACCAGAUGUGACAUCAGCUUUCCUACCUUACAAGAGAGGAGACGUCACUCACAAGAGCACAGAGACCAGAAACACUUUCACUGUCAGCAGUGUGGAAAGAAUUUUGUCUUCUCUUCUAGUCUGAAACGUCACAUGAAGACACACACUGGAGAAAAACCUUUCCACUGCAGUCAAUGUGACAAAUAUUUCAGCACCAAAGGAAAUCUUGUUGCUCAUCAGAGAAUUCACACGGGAGGAAAACCGUACGCGUGUCCUCACUGUGACAAGAGAUUCAACCACAAACCUCAUCUGAAGAAACAUGUGCGUGUCCACACCGGUGAGAGACCGUAUCAGUGCAGUGAAUGUGGAAAAACCUUCAAGAGUUCAAGUGGUCUUAAACAACACCAAACAUCACAUUCUGAGGAGAAACUCUAUCAGUGUUCACACUGUGAUAAACGCGUCCGUGAUCAAUUUCAUCUGGUACGUCAUGAGAGAAUUCACACUGGAGAGAAACCUUACCUCUGCUCUCACUGUGGAAAGAGAUUUUCAGAUCCAAAUACUUUUAAACGUCAUCAGAGAGUUCACACUGGAGAGAAACCUCAUCACUGUAAUGUCUGUGGGAGAAGUUUUAGUCGCCAAUAUGUUUUAUUAAAACACAAGAGAACUCACACUGGAGAAAGACCUUUCAAAUGUUCUCAGUGUGACAAGACGUUUGCUCGAUCAGAUGUCCUGAGAACCCAUGAGAGAGUUCACACUGGAGAGAAACCUUAUCACUGCUCCAUCUGUGGAGAGAGAUUCACUUAUGUAGGAGGUUUAAACACUCAUCAGAAGAAACAUGCUGAAGAACAAACUGCACUGGAAUCAUUGUAGGGUCUUUAGGUCGUCUUUAUCUACAGCGUCUAUAAACUAGGAAUCAUUCUGCUUAAACUCACAGUUCAUCUGAAAUUUCCGUGGUUUUGUGAAAUUGAAUUUCCUACAAUCUGUAGACCUAAUUAUCAGCUUGAGUCUGUCAGGAGGUCUUCAAAUGUUCUUGUAGCUCAGUUGGACGAGCGUUGUGUUAGCAGAGCAAACAACUGUGGCUGUUGUACAGUACAGUACAUGUACUUUACAGUACAUACUUCUAUAUUUAGGACCACAAUACUAUUCUUAGAGCAUCAUCAUUGAUUGAAAAUCUUCAUUACAAUCAGUUUCAUGUAAUAAAGCAUAUUUGUGACUCAUUUGCAGGAUAUGACCUGUAGAUUCUGACAGAUUCAAAAAUACAGUCAGUUGCAUCAGUGAAGCGUUUAAUCUACUGAUAGAAAGCAGCGACUCACAGUAAACAAGCUACACCAAUUAAACAUGUUGUAAAUUCUAACCGGGACAUUAUGAAAAGUCAUGGUACACUCAGAGGUGUCUUUCUGGAAGAAGCGAUGAGCUUUAGACUUGCAUCUGCAAUACGACAGAUGAUGCCCCUGACAAUGGAACAUGGCUCGGUUCUUCACUCGAAAUGUUAGAUGUGGAGGAGGUGAAUGUGAAGGUGAGGUAAAUGGCAUGUGUGUAAAUAAUGGAUCUGUAUACUUUAAUGGUUGUGCAGAAAUUUUUAUUAAAGGCUUCUUGAACUUUACCACUCGAGUGGCUUGGAAUACACUUUCUUAUUACACGGCUCAUUUGAAUGCUUGAUUCUGAUUGGCCCGUCUCGACAUUCCAAGGGUUGUUAUUUUCAAAUAACAUCCGCUCAAAACUAAUAACACCCUGUAACCCGGAUGCUACAAAUAAUUUUGAGAGGGGUAGUUUAAUAUUACACAAAAAUGAAUGAUAAAUAUGUAUUUUAAUAACAUAUCUGACAUUAUAUUUACAAAUCAUUAAACCAAUUUGCCUGUUCGUGAUGUUUGAACGUCGUUUCUUACUUUAAAACCGAAACUAAACGGCUUUUCCUCGCGGAAGGUCUGCAUUCCGUAAAAAUGAGCUAAUAAAAUAUUUCAAAUUAACAUUUUAUGUCCAGUUUUUUUCUCAUGUGGCAAGUAGGCGUGUAAUAAGCGGGAUAAUGCACAAGCAGCCGGUUGUAUCACAGAAAUAUGCCUCUUCAGUGAGACACAAGACCCUCCGCUUCACGUCCUCAUCACACUGUCAGGAUUAUUACUGCCAUAACAACCGGCUGCCUGGACAUUAUCCCUAUAGUGGCUACAUGUGUAUGUACAUACUUUGUUGUGUUGUUUUCAUGUUUGAUGUUUUUCUUAAGGCAAAAUGUUUACUUUCAAAUCUUAAAUCUCAUCGGAUUGAUGUGUGUGCUAAUUAAAUGGACUUGAAUAAUUUGGUACUUUGAAAUUUGAAACUUUUGGAAAUUAAAACCUAAGAUAA